CACAGUACCACACAUGUCUGAUGUCACAGCGCACAAAUCAUUCUCUUACUAAACCAGGUUACUUCUCUAUCGGAAAUUAAAUUGGAUAGAAUUAUUUCUUGUAAAAUAAUUAUAAGUGUGAAAAUCACUAAUGAAGAACAAUGGCUAAUUUAACAGAAGAAAGUACAGAUGGUACGGGAGAUUCAUCAUCAGAUAAUCUUUUAGUUCCUAAUCAUUCUAGCCCCGAGAGCAAUGAAGCAGAAAAUGAUAAUGUGGAUAUUAAUGCACAAAUUGAUGCUCAACGUCAAAGAAUGCAGCCUUCUAAAAUGGAAUCGUUUUUUGCCAUUACAAAAUCAUUGAUUAUUAGGGCUUUAGUUGUUUAUUUCAUAACUUCAAUGUUUCGUCAACCAUCAGCACCAAAGACUGAAGUUAAUAGUUCAACUGGCGCACAGCGUGUUCCUGCAGUAAAUAUGUUCGUAAAUGGAAGUGUUUUAGACAUGUACACCUAUAUAUCAGAGCAAGAAUUUUUGCAAAACUUUGAUGACGCAAAAUUAAUUUGGAAGCAUUCAGGUCUUGUUUAUGGUGAUUGGUAUGCAGGCUCUAAUGGUGAUGGAACUUUCAGUUUUUCCACAAAUAUUGUGCCUUCAGAAUCUCUAAAAAAUAAUGGAUCUAUAUAUAUUCAUGUUUAUGUAGUUAAUACAGGUAAAUCACCAGAUCCAAAGGAAAAAAACAAUUAUGCUGGGCAUUACAUCUCUUAUGGACGGAAAAUGGUAAACAAAUAUAAAAAAUUGAAAUAUCUAAAGACUCACAAUCUUUUAACUGGACAAAGUGAAAAGUCAGAGGAAGAACUAAUGAAAGCAGAAACAUUAAAAGAAGAAAUAGUGUCCCACUGGCAUCCAAAUUUAACAAUUAACUUGGUGACAGAUCACACCAACUGGAUGCAAGGAAGUGUACCACCACCCCUUGAUGAAUUCAUUUACUUUUUACCAGAUGGCAGCAAAUACAAGCCAGCUGUAUUUUUAAAUGACUAUUGGAAUAUGAUGCGUGACUAUGUUCCUAUUAAUAAGACAACAGAAAAUCUACAACUUCAACUGACAUAUCAACCAUUAAGUUUGUUUAAAUGGCAGUUGUAUACAGCUCAGGUUAUGCGGGAUAAAUUAAACAUGUUUUCAGCCUUAGGUGCUGAGGAACAAGAUGAGGAACAGGACACAGUCAAAGAGUUACUUCUAGAUACUUCACCGUAUCUUUUGGGAUUGACAAUAUCAGUAUCCAUUCUUCAUUCUAUCUUUGAGCUAUUAGCUUUUAAGAAUGAUAUUCAAUUUUGGAAUAACAGACAAUCACUUGAAGGACUUUCUGUGAGAUCAGUGUUCUUUAAUGUUUUUCAAUCUACCGUUGUGCUUCUUUACGUGUUAGAUAAUGAAACUAACAUAAUGGUUCGAAUAUCUUGUUUUAUAGGCUUAUUGAUAGAAAUAUGGAAAAUUAACAAGGUUAUGGAUGUCAAAUUGAACAGGGAGGAUAGGAUAUUUGGUUUUCCAAAACUGUCUUUUACUGAUAAGGGUUCAUAUGUAGAAUCUAGCACAAAGCAGUAUGACAUGUUGGCAUUCAAAUACCUAAGCUGGGGAUGCUUCCCGCUCCUGGUGGGCUAUGGUGUAUAUUCCCUAUUGUAUCAAGAACAUAAAGGAUGGUAUUCAUUUGUGCUGAACAUGAUGUAUGGUUAUUUGUUAACAUUUGGAUUUAUAAUGAUGACUCCACAGUUGUUCAUAAACUACAAAUUGAAGUCUGUUGCACAUUUACCAUGGCGUAUGAUGACUUAUAAAUUCUUAAACACAUUUAUUGAUGAUAUAUUUGCAUUUGUUAUAAAAAUGCCAACAAUGUAUCGCAUUGGAUGUUUCAGAGAUGAUAUUGUCUUCUUCAUUUUCCUUUACCAACGUUGGAUCUACAAGGUUGACCACAAACGAGUUAAUGAAUUUGGCUUUUCUGGGGAAAUGGAGCAACAAAGCCAAUCAGGAAAUGGUAACUUAGCUAUCACAAGCGAAGAGACUAAUGAUAAAAAGAAUGACUAAUGAUUAAAUAUUUAAAAAAUAAUUUAAUUAUAAUAGUUAAUUAGAAAUUGUAGGUUGAAUGUGUUUUGUUCAUGUUUUACAACUCAGAAAAUUGUGCUUUGGACUUGACAUACUUUGUAAAUGGGUAUAAGGUCAAAUUGUUAUUAUUAUGAGUUGGUAGUAUUGAACAUUUUGAAUAACUUAAGUUUUAAGUAACCAAUUUAUCUUCAAUAUUUUUGCAUUUACUGUACAAUAAUUUGAAAUAAUUGACAUAUGUAAUUAUAAUGUUUUCAUUGUAUGAAUAAUGUUUUGAGCACACUUACACUGCUAUAGAAUUCAAAGUAAGAGGGAUGAAGACCCUCUCUAUAUUAACUGUAACUUACAAAUUUGACCUGCAUAUGCAUAUGCAUUGCCUCAAACUCUGCAUAAGGGUAGCAGAGAUGAGUAUAUUUCAGUUUGACUCUGUGUCAAUGGAAGAUAGCCUUAUGUUGCAUAAAUGAACAAUACUGGUUAUGUAUCUGCAGAUUUUUUUUCAAAUCGUUCAAAUUUGACUCUCAGUUCUGAUCAUUUUAUGUGAGGUAGAAUACUAUUGCUGCAAGUCAACUAGGAACUUGAAAUUGGGAUAUGUAUAAAAAGCGCCUUAUAUCUUGUUUGCCUAUACAACAUAAAUAAUUUAUUGAUUAAUAAUAUGUGCAUUCAUGAAGUUGUGUUAUUUAAAGUUAACUUAGUUAUUUUAAUGCACAAUUUGUUGAAUUUCUACUAUACUAUGUUAAUAUAAGUGUUAAAUUAACAAAAAUAUUUUUUUUCCUAUCACCAAAACUUAUCACAAGUUUGAUCACAGUCACAGUUAUUUCUUAUAUACUUUCUUGGAUAUUUUAUAUUAUGGUCUUUUCUUUAUGCUUACAUUUGUGUUUUCAACUUGUUCAAUUAAUUUAAUUUAUCAAAUUAAUGUGCAAAAAGUGUAAAAUUGUAAUGUCAACAUGGGUUAUAAUCAUUUGUUGAACUCAUACAAGAAAAUUAGUUGUUUUUAUGUUAAGUUGUAAGGAAUUAUUACACAUUUUCUGACUACUGUCUUAUUUGUAUGUUUUUAGAGCUCAUGCCGGCAAUAUCUUGUUGAUUUCAAAAUUGGGCUCACAGAUAUAUGUGAUUAUGUGUUUUACUCCAGGCUAUUUAAGGGCUGGACACAGUGACACUCCUAUAUUCGAGCCUGCAUUGCAACUUAUUAAGGCUAGCUCUCCCUCAACCUAUUAUGUUCGAUCUUUCUUCAAGUUCCAUCAAGCCCUUCUUGAGUUGUAGAAAAUCAGAUUUUUUUAUUUAUAAAUUUGCCUCAUUUAGUCACAAAACUAACUAAUGUGACAAAUUUUAGCUAAAGUAAUAUAAACCUGUGCUUUCUAAGUUUUUGUUGGUGCAAAUGUAAUGAAUUUUAUUAUUACUUGACUGUGUAUGUAUGGUACAAAAUGGUUGAUCGUGAGUAUUGUAAUGGUAAACAGUAUUUAUUAGAUAUAUUGUUAUUAUAUCUCUGAAUGUAUAAAUAUAUAAAUAAAAAGAU